GCGGGGCCGCGCCGGCAGGGACACUGCAGGACAGGCAAGGACACGCUUGGGGAGAGCAGUGAAACUGGUGGGCUGUUCACAGUCUGCACUUAUGCCUAAUGGGUGCCAGGAAUAAUUCCUCCCAGAGGACUGGAUGCUGCUAGAAGCCAGAUAUUACACUGGAGGGGCUGCUCUUCUCUUCUUCUUUGACAAAUCCCAGAAGGUACCCUAGCUCCAGGUAAUGCUCCAAUUGUUGGCCAAGACUGCAGUCCUCACAUAGAGCACAUGUGCUACUCACAGCUCUGGGAGGGAGGUGGAGGGUCAGAAGUCUUGGGUUCUCUCCUGGUCCUACUAUUGACCCCCUCUUUGGGCUUGUGCAAGUCACUUACUCUCUGUGUCUCACAGAAGGAGAUAGGGUUACUUCACAGGUGGAUUGAGAGCUGCUGGGUGGAAUCUGCACAGCCUAUUGGUAGAAAUGUUUUAAUCAUUCAGACCCUUCCUUUGUGUUUAAAUAUUUCCCUGUCACAACUUUCCCUGCUUUGCCACUUGGCCCUUGUGGCAUUGGGCUGAGGCUGGAGAAGGGGGGAAAUGGUUAGAAAUAGUAGUGAAACUGGCUACUCCCUUAUCUCUUGCUGAGCUGGGGAAAAUGCAGAAGACCGACUAAUAGCAUAAAUGCUGUGAGGUCAGUUUCACUUUCAAAUGCCCAUCAGUUCUAAUCACCAGGUGUGUUACUAGUAGUGUGGACUUCUUGUUUGUUUGGUUUUUUUUUCUUUAAACAUGAUUUUUAACCUGCUCUCCUCCCUUGUUUGUGAAUUGCUGUGAUAUCCGUAGAUGCAAAGCAAUAUGCAAGGCAAAGGGCAGCUGGUAUGCAAUUCAGUCCUUGCCUUCUGCAAGGAGACUGCCAACAAGCGGGUUAAUUAUUGCCCCUGGUGGCAAUGAUUUUUGCUGUCUGGACACUUGCCUACGGGGAACUAGACUGAGACGCACUAUCCCAUGCCAUGUAGGACUGUCCGUUUUGAAAGAGAAGGCAUGUAGGCCAGAUUUAGACAGCCAAGAACCACUUAGAUGGGCACACCUAUUCCCAGUAGGUGGUAACGGGGAUACCAUUACAAGGCCAUAUGCAGUACUGGUGUGAGCAGGCACAAUUCUGGUGAUGUCAGUGGAGUUGUUUCUGCUUGCACUGUUGGCCUGUCGUGCAUGUGGUGUAAGAUUGUGGCGUAUUGCACACACCUUUAUAGUUGCAGUGAGCGAAAGUGUGGGGAGAGAAUGUGCUUUAGAGGGUUGAGAAACAUGCCUGCAGUGAGAGAGGAGAGGGGAAUGCUAACGCUGGUACUACAGCAAUGAUGCUUCCCAUCCACGCUCUGGGAGGAGAAGGGGGUUAAAAACAUCAGUGUUGAAGGGGCUGAAUAGUCUGGAGAAGUCUGAGCUUUUAAAGCAUGAAGGGAGUGGUUAGGCAUAUGGAAAAUGUGCCCUUUUGACCUUGUUUCAGUAAAAGCUGCAAUGACUUCUCCUGUCCCCUCUGCUGGAGGUUUCAAAUGCCGUUCAUGUUGACACAGCCAGUGUCUUGGGGCUGUUUCUGGAACGUGGUGUGGGUUGGGUGGGUUAUGAAGAGGGGCGAUGCUGAGACAUCCCGGGAUCUUUGUCAGAGGAUUGCAAGCUGAUGGGUAGCACCUUACUAGUGAGCAGAAAGGGGAAGGUAGCAUGAUGUAACACCACCAUAUGCUUUUAACUCUUUCUAAUUUGCCUAUGUUUGAACAAAUAACACAAAUGCUUGAAAAUAAUAACUUUCUCACAUGGGGUGUCUUCUUGCCCUGGGAAACAUUGGUUCUCCCUCUAGCUGAAAUUAACAUGUUACUUCCAGGCUUGUGUUCAAGCAUCACAAUAAUGUGUAAUACUUCGCAUUUCCAUUGCACGUUCAAAGAAUUAGAUACACUUUAAGGACUAGGGUCUAUCCCUAGCUCUGCUCCUGACUCACUGUCUCCCUUGGGCAGGUCGUUUUCCUGCUCUGUAAGAUGGGGUUAAUGACGAAUUCACAGGAUCCUGGUUUUGAGUCCUCUACUCACUGUGUUUCUUCCUGACAUUCAAACAUCCUGGGGUUUGAGAGCAGUGAGCCAAAGGUGGGGAGGGAGACAAGGACGAAAUAUUGCUCUCUUCGAUUCCAAGUAGGUCAAACGUUGCUGCUUUUGACUGUGUCAUUUCCCAGGUGUUGGGGCUGAGCCAUCAACAGGUGCUUGGGGGCAAGAUCUGACCCGAUUGGGACUCAGGCCUGCCACCCCCUCUGUUUAAAAGUAACGCUGCAAAUCUCCUUUCAAAUGAAAACCCAGCAGACUUUACACCUGUAUCAAGAAUGUUCCUGGUCAGAGGGCUCAGUGGGCUGACAGAGAGGCUAAUGGGUGUUGAAUCAAACAGAGGAUACCUCAGGAGGUCAAUCUCUGGUGGGGGUGGAGAAUUCUAACAUGAGAUGAAACAGGCAGGAUGCCAGCCAGUCUAGCUGUGGAUUUCUGAAUGUGUGAGAGAGGCGGGGAGGUGGUGGUUUUCCACUAGUUGUGUGAGGUGUCUCUUGUAACCAUUGCACGUGGGCAGCUGGACUGCUCCUGUUUCCAGCGAGCACUGGAAAUUCCUCCCCCUCCUCCGUUCAGAAAGGGAUGCUCCAGACUCACGGCUUCUUUUCUUUCCAGGCUAUUGCCCUGUACUGUUAGUCUUCCCCUGUUCUCAGGCUUUCAUCGCCUUUCCUUCCUGGGAGGCCUGCUAUCCUGUCCUGUCCUUUCUCUAAAUGACACUGGUGGCUCCAAAAAAAUGAAGUAGUGAAUAGGGGACAGGUGGGGGUUGAUUCCUCCAAGCAUAGGGAAAUAAAUCUUGAAAGACAUCCUCCAUGCAUUUCUUUAGAACCUUUCACUCGGCAGCAUGGGAGUAGAUGUCUAGCGACACUCAGGAUCUGCACUAUAGAACUGUUCCUGCAUGUUGUAUCAUCACUUUUCCUGCAUGCUCUGGACCACGUUUCCUGCAUGCACCAGGGAUGCCAGGCCUGCUGUUACCAGUCUGAAAGGGUCCCUUAGAAGAAACUUCUGCAGUCUCCCAGUGCAGCAAAAAUGGCUGCAAAGCAACAUGGGGUUCUUCUGACUGGGGGUUUGCAACAUUCUGAGUGCUACACCUUGUGUAGUCAUGAUCUAGGAAAUGCUGACAAAGGACAAGAGGCACCAUGAGGGUGUGACGGGGAAUCUCCUUGUGAUUAGAUCCCAUCUGUGGGCCAGUAUACUAUCAACUGAGAAUGCCUUUGCUAGCUGGAGAAGCUUCUGAACCUUUAAAAAAAAUGAAGAAAAAACACCCUGCUCCCCAGUGCCAGUGAGGUUCAGACUGAGUUCCUGGAGAUCUAACCCUUUGUAAUUCUUGUAGUGCUAGUGAAAUGUGCUGGCUGCCAUCCCUGGAAAGUGAACUAUCCACAGGGCAGGCACAACAUGCGGCUCAUCAUCCCCUGCCAAUGCGUUUCAGCUUCACUCAGGAGGAACUUCCUUUAGGGAAGCGAGGAGCUUGCUCCCCAUGGCCCAUUCCAUCCUUGGUCUCUUCCAAGAUUGCCAGCAGGGGCGUGGUAGUGACUUGUGGAACUGACACCAGUCCACCAGCUCUUUCCAGGUCUGCCACUGAACAGGUGUCAGGGGAAUGAGUUUUGAACACUAACAGCAUGGUCUGGUUUUGAACUGCCAACUUCAGAGUGAGACUGAAUCCUGUCACCAAUCCUCUUUUGCCAUUGCAGCCCCAUGUAAACCCUCAUAAUGUACUAUGACAGGUCUCUCUCUCUGGCUGCUCUUGCAUUGUUGUGCUCAACUCUGCAGUGGUUAUGGGGUAUGUUCUUUCACAAAGAAGACCAGGCACUUUAGUUUUACUGCGAGGUAAAUUUUUCCAGAGGUCAGCUGUGGGUGGGGUAGGGUGGGGUUUCCUGACUGUUUAUGUGCUUGAUGUGUGUUGUGUUUUUACCUUGGGAUAGCCCACACAUAUUAAUCAUCCUAAGGUAAAAAACACACCACCGUUAGCCCUGAAGACAGGACCCAAGCCACAUGCAUUGCUUAGCAGGCAUCUUUUUAAACUCUAAAGCUCUGACAUAUGUGAGAGCAGUGCUGUAACUUUUACUGAAUUGAAUAGUCAUUCUUGUUCCACGCCUGCACCUCAGGAUACAGAGCUGGCAGAGAGAAACUUGGGAGUGGUGUGAUCUUAGUGACAUUCUCAUAGUUUCCAUGAAUUCCAGCAGCUCAGACUUCUGGGAAGGUUUUUUUGUGUGAGUGGUGUUAGUUAAAAAUUUCUUCUGCAGUCAGUAUAAUGCACUUACUGUAUUUACUGAGCAGAUGACUGAGGUUGUCAGUUUUAAGCAAGGCAGGAGGUGGUUAAUAGGGUGUAUAUUUGACCCAGUGCUGUUUAAAUAUAUUUUAUCUGGAAAAGGGGGUUGGACAGAGAGGUGGCUGCAUUUGCAGUGGAGACAAACAUUCGCGGGUUAGUUAGAAGUAAAGGAUUAUGAGGAACUUCAGAGGGACCUAACAACAUGGUAUCAAAUGAAAUUCACUGCAGGUAUGCUGGAAGCAACAAUUUGAAUUACUCCUACAUGUUGAUGGGGGGGGUUCUCACCAACGGUCGCCAUUCAGGGAAACAAACCUGGGUGUCAUUCUGGGCAGCUCAGAGAGGAAGUGUUUAAGGAUUAGACAUCCCUGUAAAUGAGGAUAUAAUCUGCAGUUACAGUAGCUAGGAUAGAAAUGUGUAAGGGGUAAAAGUCUUCACGCCUCUGGGUACCAGCCAGCCACUAACUGCUGGUGAUCAAGAAGAAAAUUCCUAUGGGCAGGUUAUUGCAGGGUUUUACACUCUUGUCAUUAUAGCACUGUGCAUUUGGACCAUUGAUGUGAUCUGCUCUGACAAUUUCUGUGUUCUAUGGUGACUGGCUUAGUAUGGGUUGGGGGGAUGGAAAUAGCUGGUAAACUGAGUGCUGGGAAGGGGGGAGACAAGAAACCUGAGGCUAUUCUUCCCUUCUCACCUAGCUGCCAAGCCCAUCUAAAAAGACAGAGGGGUAGCAGCUAUGUCACACUCCAUCUUCCCAAGGGUGAGUAUGUGGUCCGGCUGGGCUGUACCUUUUAACCUCAAUCUCCUGUCUGUGUGCUGCAGACCUUUACCAGGCCUUGUCCCCAGUUCUUUAAAACAGCAAGGAGCUCUGAGACAAGGUGGGAGCAAGGGGUGGGUCCUGCAGUCUUGAGGGGGAUUGGUGGAAGUGUUUGUGUCCCUGGCACGUCCUGAAAUCUGCGCUGCACUGCUUCCUGAUGCAUUGCCUUUCUCCGGAUUUGGGAGGGGAGGGGUUAAAUCGGUAAAUCAUCCCCCCUAAGCCCUUGCUAAAACCUUCCCGGCCAAUUCUCUCUGAAGGAAUUCCUGGUGCUUUUUAAAAAACAAAGAUUUCAAAGUUGCAGUAAGCUCUUGAGACUGUGAGAAUGUCGAUCCCUUUUUAAUAAGAAAGCGGUGGAUGUGGCAUAACAACACCAUUGGGCGCCUGAGUUUGGUUUGCUUUGAGUAGCUUUGACUUGGCAACAACAGAACCUCUGCUUCUCCCACCCAGCCCCAGUCAAUGUGAGGGGCUGGGAGAACCGCUCCUUGCAGAGCAGACCCGUCAGGAGAGGCCUUGCCAGUCCAAAUAUGGCUCCGGCCAGUGAGCCAAACUUUUAUUUUCAGAACAUUUGCUUGGGUAGGGUCCAAAAACACCUUAGAUCAACUUCUAGAGGAGACCAAAGUCUGUAACACAUCAGCAAAGGUUUGUUUUGAAUAUGGCUGUGGGCCUAGUGAACGGGAGCACAGACCGAAUUCCCCUCUAGGUCAUAGAUAGGUGUGUGUGUGUGUGUGUGUGUGUGUGUGUGUGUGUGUGCGCGCAGAGCAACAAACGUCAGUGUCUUAAGUCAAUGCAAUGCUGGUGUGACACCCUUCAGGCAUAGGGCAUGUUGGACCUGCAUCCCACCCACAGCAGGAGCAGCCACCAUGAGGGGAGGGGAAGGGAGAUCAGUCCCCCUGGCCUCUCUGAUCUUCCCCCCCAGACUCAUUUCACAGAGAGUACUAAACAGCUGCCAGGAGGGAGCGACUUUGAGUCCCUGCCAGCCUGGGUUGAAUACAAACCACCUCCAAGGCCCCAUAGUGAAUUACACACCCCUACGCCUUGCAGUAAUCUCUGUGUCAAAGUAUCGGAGUGUGUCAAUCUUUAAUGCACUUAUUCUCACCACACCUGUGUGUGGCAGGGGAGUGGUGUUAUCCCUGUUUUACAAAUGAGGAAUUGAUGUACAGAGAGGCUAAGUGACUUUCCCAGGGUCACACAGGACAUCUGUGCCAGAGCUGGGAAUUGAACAUAGAUCUUGGGAGUCCCAGUCUUGUCCACUUCACCAUCCUUCUCUUGGGCAGUUGAAGUAGUUUAUUGAAGCCCAGAGUCCUGAAAAUAACUAUGCCCACAGCAGGGACUCAAAGCAGCUUUUCCUCAGGCUUAAUGGCUAAGAUACCCCACUUGCUAAAAUACUGGGCACCAGCUGGGGAUGUGCUGCUACUCCUGUACCAAAGUCUGCUUCAGCAGCGAAUGGCCUGAGAUCUGGGGAGAAAUCUGGCAAGGCCUAAGCGAAGAACGUAAACCAUACUGAAGUGUGCAGAUGACCUUCCUGGAGAGAGAGUCAACAUUCCCUGGCACCCAAGGUUUUUUCCCUGAUAAGGUCUCAGCAGCACAAUGUGUCAAUGUUCCUGUGUCCCAGAGACACAACUUUCCCCUCCCAUGGAAACAGUCCAACUCUACAGUGCUUAUCGGAAUUGCAAGCCGUAGCCUCGUUCCUGGACUGCAGCAAGAAGCCCCAUCCGUGCAAGUGUCUUCCAUUUCUCAGCCUUGUGGAUUUAUAUGGAGGCUUAAUUAUCUGUUCUGUGCUGGAUGCCAUAAUGCGCCUCCUGUUGCCAUGCUGGGGAAUGGGGGGAGGAAUGUUUUCCUGAUUCCAGCUGGCCAUGAACCAGCUGCACAGAAAUAGCUGGAGUAGCCACCUGAAGCCUUCCCAUGGGUGCCAGGUGGCUUUACCUUGGAGAGAUUUGCCAUGCAGAGCACAGCGGGUGAAAUUCUGGCCCCACUGAAGACAGUGCUGCCACUGCCAUUUAACUGGGCCACUGUUUCACCCAACACACUGUGGUGACUUCACUGGACACAUGAAACAUUACCUACAGUAAGGCAUUCUGUAAGCCUGUUUAUUAGACUAGGUAGGAGAAGUCCUAGAUCAGCUCCUGUGCAUGGUCUGGUGACUGUCCUGGCAGUUAAAGGACACUGGUAUUGGUCAGUAAUAUUUAUAAUGGUAUUUUUUAAUAAGAGCCUGGAAGGAUUGGGAUUUCGACCCUCAUGCUUCAGGGCUUCAGCUUGUCUCAAGGUAUGAGGGGUCAGGAGGAAACAUCCUCUGAUGGCAGAUAAUUCCAUAACUACCUUCUACAAGGUUCUUGCAUCAUCCUCUGAAUCAGCUGGUACUAGCCAGUUCCAGAGACAGGAUGCCAGGCUAAAUGGGAGCACAGGUCUGGCAAUUCCUGUGUUCUUAUGUAAGGCCGCCCUCUUUGUGCCUCAGGACAUAUUGUGUGGCAGAGCUGGUGCUGCCCAGUGUUGUAGCGCUGUACAGUUUUAUUGAUAUAUUUACCUGGCCCUUGCCAGAUAAUCUUUUAUAUAAAAGAAAAAUACAUAUACGCCUCCGCCUGGGGAAGAGGACACUGGGAUAUGGUUCAACUUAUAAUUAGCAGCAUGGUUAAAAUAUAACAUAAUGGACACCUCUUAUUGCUGAGGCACUCAAGCUGCUGCAUGCUUCUCCUGGGCUCCCAGACAGCUCAGAAUGACUCGCUACAGCCCAGCACCCAGGUUUCCACAAAGCUGCACUGCUGAUCGCUGUGCUAUCAUCUGCGUGCCUCCUGUCUGAAUGUGGGUCUGAGAUUUGUGUGAGUUAGGCUGGAAGCCCGUGGAGCAGGGGCCUUGUCUUGAGUGUGCAAAGCCUGCACUGGGGUCACUCUAGGCCCUGGAUAGGCCAUCAGGGUAACUGACCAUAUGGGGAGGGGUGUGGUCAUAGGGGCCCAGGUCUAAAGCCAUCAUCACUGAAGGCUUUGAGCAGUGGUUGUAACUUAGAAGAUACAGAGGAAAGAGAGGGUGAAUAAAACCAGGCAUGGUGCAGCUUUCAGGCCUGGAACACUGCACUCAGCUAACACCCUGGCUGUGGUGCCCGUCCAUCUACGCAGAGGGGGGUACAAAUUCUUGGGGGCAGUAGGCGGGUACAAAUUCUUCGCCUGCACCCUCUGUGGGUCUGUGUGGAGGGGGCCUUCUGGCGCUCGGUGUCCAAAGGAAGCGAAAGCUGCCGCAGCCAGCUGCCAAUUCCUUGGCCUGGCCCCUUCACAGGAAGUUUCCCAAACCUCUGAUCCAGCUGCUAGGUCAAGGCUGCCGUGUUCAGCCUCCAGGCACUGCGGGGACUGGGACGAUGUUUGCGCCAGGGCAGUGGUGGCUGCUGGCAUGCGGGCUGUGCUCCGGAGAGCUCUGCAGUCUUGGAGGAGGCGUGUUUCGUGGGCUGUCUCCCCCAGGGCCCUGUAGACGUGAGCGUCCCCUGAAACGCUCUGCUGCAUUACUGCAGUGGCUCUGCUGGCCUGGUGUGCUGAGAGCCUGACGGCCUCGGUGCUCUGGCGCGAGAAGAUAAGAGGUGGGGGAAACAGCCUGCACCUGGCCCAUCCCAUGCGUUGCAGAAGCACAGAGCCGUGUGAUGGGUCUGGGACGAACGCCUUUCAGCAGGCAGCCUUAGCCAUGCAUGUAGACAAAACCCUUUGCCCCUCGGUAGCUCCUGGCUCACUGUCCCGUCCCAUGGGCAGAGCGUUGUGGCAGCAGGAGAGCAGCAUGAAACGCUAUGGUUCUCCCGCUGCAAACUCCAUCCUCCCUUUACACUGCCUCUCCCCCUUCCAGGGACUGUGAGCUCCGCUGUCCGUGAGCAUUCGGCGUGCCCUGCUUGCCGGCGCCUGUUCCAGGUUACUCCAGCGUGUUUCUGGGCCUAAGGAUUGCCUGGUCACCAUGAUCCUCGGUUUGAGUCCCCGAUGCCCCCUCCUGGUGAUGCUGCUCUGCCUCCUGGGCAUCUCCUGCCAGGCGCAGGCUGGCACGGACGCCUCGCCGCAGCCCGCCAUCACUGCAGCUUCCUUCCUGCAGGAUCUCCUGCACCGGUACGGCGAGAGCGACGUGCUGACCCUGCAGCAGCUCAAGGCCCUGCUGAAUCGCCUCGAUGUGGGGGUGGGGCACGAGAACAUCUCCCGAUCAGAGCCGCAGCGCAGGAACCUCUCCCGGUGCUUCAGCUCCUCUGAGCUCUUCGCUACCCACAACCUGAGCGAAGGGUCCCAUGUUGGCCCAAGCAAGUUCCAGGAGUUCUGCCCGACCAUCCUGCAGCAGCUGGAGUCUCGGGCGUGCACGGCAGAGAACCUAGAGAAUGAGGAGAACGAGCAGACGGAGGAGGGGAAGCCCAGCUCGGCGGAAGUCUGGGGUUACGGUUUCCUCUGCGUGACCGUCAUCUCCCUCUGCUCCCUGGUGGGAGCCAGCGUAGUGCCCUUCAUGAAGAAGACCUUUUACAAGCGGCUGCUCCUCUACUUCAUAGCUCUGGCGAUUGGAACUCUCUACUCCAAUGCCCUCUUCCAGCUCAUCCCCGAGGCCUUUGGAUUCAACCCUAAGGAGGAUCAUUAUGUCUCCAAAUCUGCAGUGGUCUUUGGGGGCUUUUACUUGUUCUUCUUCACAGAGAAAAUCCUGAAGAUGCUUCUCAAGCAGAAAGAUCAGCACCAUCAUGGGCACAGCCACUACAGCCCUGAGACCCUCCCCUCCAAGAAGGACCAGGAGGAAGGGGUCACUGAAAAACUGCAGAAUGGGGACAUGGAUCACAUGAUCCCUCACAGAACCAGUGAGCUAGAGUGCAAGAACCCAUCUGUGGAUGAGAAGAUCAUUGUGGGCUCUCUGUCUGUCCAGGACCUGCAGGCUUCCCAAAGUGCGUGCUACUGGCUGAAGGGGGUGCGAUACUCUGACAUUGGCACGCUGGCCUGGAUGAUCACCCUGAGUGACGGGCUCCACAACUUCAUCGACGGCCUGGCCAUCGGUGCCUCCUUCACCGUGUCUGUCUUCCAAGGGAUCAGCACCUCCGUGGCCAUCCUCUGCGAGGAGUUCCCCCACGAGCUGGGUGACUUCGUCAUCCUGCUAAAUGCCGGAAUGACAAUCCAGCAGGCGCUCUUCUUCAACUUCAUCUCGGCCUGCUGCUGUUACCUAGGACUGGGCUUUGGGAUCCUGGCUGGCAGCCACUUCUCUGCCAACUGGAUCUUUGCUCUGGCUGGUGGGAUGUUCCUCUACAUUGCAUUGGCUGAUAUGUUCCCAGAGAUGAAUGAAGUGAGCCAGGAGGACGAGCGGAACGGCAGUGCCUUGAUUGCCUUCGCUAUCCAGAACGCAGGGCUGCUGACCGGAUUCAUUAUCAUGCUGCUGCUCACCAUGUUCUCAGGCCAGAUCCAGAUAGGCUGUCCCAUUUCCCCCCACGCAGCGGCUCACAUUGAAGGAAGUGUUUGAGGAUGGAAAGCCCAGGCUUGAUGUCUUGAAAAGCCACUUGGUGAAGGAAGGGCGGCUAGAAGAGGAUGCAGCAUUGAAGAUAAUCAAUGAUGGGGCUGCCAUUCUGAGGCAUGAGAAGACCAUGAUUGAA